AUGUUCUGUGCUCUUGCCAGAGUAUUUUCCUUCUUCUUUCAGAAGAAGGAUUUGGAAGAAAAGAGCAUGGAUGAGGAUGAGAUGCUCUUGAAAGAUUAUAUCAAGUUAACAACAAUUCAUGGAUCUGUGACAAAGGUCUGUGAGAAUUAUGUCGUCAUUGAUGAGUCGAUCUACAUCAGUAGUGAUUUUGUGGCUAACAACGUAAUUCCAAAAAUUGGACAAAAAGUUACUGCCGUCAUAGAGGAAGAUAUGUCUUUGGAAAAGGAAGCAAUCGAGGUGGAUAUUCUCCCUGAUGAUAGCUCUAGUGUGGAAGUCAGCCGCAAUGAAGUUCCAACUAUAAAUGUGGUGAUCGAUGAUAGUAUCUUUUUCACCUUGGAUUCUCUAAAACUUCCUGAUGGUUAUAUACCCCAAUUAUUUGACAUUGGUAAUGUAGUUGCAGUGAAAAACAUUUGCUGUGGUUGGAGAGCAUUCUCUAUGUCUCUAUUAAAAAAGAAAUAAUUAA